AUGAACAACCACAUUUUGUCCGCUGCUCGAGAGCUACUGAUGGUGGCCGCUUGGUGGCAAAAGUUCGAUACGAUUGACCGGCAUCUUGAUUACUUGCUAGGUGACACUACACUGAAGGAUAAUCUGGACCGUGUUAAAUCCGAACGCGACUAUUACCUGCUUGUGAUAAACGAGAAAACAGAAGAGCUGUCAUCGAUCAAAGCGGAGUAUCAGUUGCAGCUUAAAGAGGUGGCCAAGCUGGAACGCACCAAAGCACGCCUGGAUGAGCUUACUCAACAGAUUCAUCUUUUGAGGGUGGUACCAACAGAUGCAACAAACAGCUGUUGUCACAGACAAGAAAACUCAUCCAUCCCAUGUUGUCAUUUGAGAAACCACUCCACUGUAAGCAAGCCAUUGACGAUGAACGCAGCCAGCGACGUAGAGCAAUCGACGAUUAUUUCCGAAGCUGCGAGGUGUGGGUUCAGUGGCUGCAACCGUACUUCGGACCAGCGUCAUGACAAUCUUGGAGAACCCAUAGCACAAGAACGAAGUGCAAUGUCACUACGGAAACCCGACGAGUCAUUGCGGAUCACAGAGCACUCGGCCACCGGUUCAACUUCCUCAAAAACGCUGCUGCAGCUGCAACAUCGGUUGGCCGAAUUGGAGAAGAAAAUGGUUCAAGCAGCGGAGGAAAAGGCAAGUCUGCGAAUAAGAAACAAUCAAAUGGCUGAUUUGCUGUUCCGGAUGACACAGCACAACCAAAAGCUUAUACGUGUGAGCCGCGUAUCAUUUUCCACUAGCUCGUGA